CGCAAGCAGGUGCUUUCUCGGUGGAAAGACUUGCAAAACCCAAGCCCGCUUCUGAGUGAAAUGAACACCUUCGGACGAAAUUUAGCCUCGACUGAAGGGGACGACUGGAAACGUCACCGUAAACUGAACACGCGGGCGUUUAAUGAGAUGAUGCACGAGGCAGUUUGGAUUCAAUCGGCGAGACCCGCUUUCACCACUGUCAAGCAGUGGGCUGACGCAUAAUCUACUUCGACAUGAUGACGCUAAGCUUAGACAUCCUUUUUAAAGCAUGCCUUAACAUCGACGAAGUUGACAAAGAUAACGGAGAGAUAUUGGUGGCGGACAUUGCAGCUUGUCAAUUGCACCAAGAGGUGGUCCUAAACGUGAUAGCAAGUCCGCUCACACUCCGUCGCGGGAUGGAGCAUAUACACAGAACUAGGACUAGUUGUAAGCCGUUGGGCGAGCUAUUGAGUGAAUUCGUGGAAGCCUUCAGGGCUUCAAUAAAGCAGAACCCACGCGGAGAUCUC